UAACAGAGGCUGGGAGGGCGAGCUGCAGCCCUUCCCCAGGAAGUGGGAGGAACGGGGGUGCAGGAGCCUCCAAACCAUCAGGCACUGGGAGGGGAGCAUAAGGGCUACCGCCGGCGCAAGCAGUGGGAAGGCCAAGUAGAAAGAGAGUUCAGGUCCCCGAUCUGUCCUCACCUUGUCCGCGGGCUUAGGUCGGCAGGCAGCCCGCGGCCCCGGGAAGUAGGGGGAACCAAGGAUUCGAUAAUGUCAAACCUUUCCAGCGCCAAAAGGGAGCGCAAAGGGGCUGACGCCGGGAUAGGGGAACGGAGUAGAAAGGGAGGUGCAGGUCUCCGACCCUUCUUCACCCCUUCACCCCUAGCGCCGCUUGGAGGAAGGCCAGGCAGCCCGGACUCAGGAAGUGGAAGGACGUGUUUCUCAUGAUCUGGCACCACAAAACCACCAUCUUCACUGACGCCAAGAAGUUGAGCACCAUGUUCGAGCUGAAGCGCAUCGUCGAGGGCAUCCUCAAGCGGCCGCCGGACGAGCAGCAGCUGUACAAGGACAACCAGCUUUUGGACGACAGCAAGACAUUGGGUGAGUGUGGCUUCACCAGCCAGAUGGCACGGCCUCAGGCCCCAACCACUGUGGGGCUAGCCUUCCAGGCAGAUGAUGCCUCUGAGGCCCUGCGCAUUGAGCCCUUCUCUACCCUCUCUGAGCUACCGGACGUGGUGAAGCCACAGGACUCAAGAAGCAGAGCCAACGAACAAGCUGUGCAGUGAAUGGGCCGCUGCAGCGUUCCCCUUCUCCCCUAAUAAAAAGAGA